AUGUCAUCGGGACUACACACCUUCAUCGCCCCUCCUCGUCCCUUCACGAUCCAGUUCGACCCCACCGAAGUCGACGAGCUCAACGAGCGUCUCCUCCGAGCGAGGUGGCCUCUCGUCGAUGCCGUACCUGAUGACCGCUCCCCGAACGACCCCGCACCGUUUGGCAUGGGGCCAGGUGAGUUUGAGUCCAAUUCACCUACAUCAUAGCUUCAUGUGUAGUGCUGACUCCCGCGUAUGCCCAUCUUACAAACCUGGGAACCGCCACGCUACCAUGGCAACCCGGCGUGCUUCUGUCCUCGGUCCCUCGGCGUUCUCGACUCUGGCCUUCCGAUCUCGCUCACGUGAAAAAACAUCUCACUUCUCUUUUCCGACAUGGUCGCCGGGCGCACCUCGCGCAUUUCGGAUUCUCCGACAGGCCCAACGAUCAGGUUGAUGAAGGAACUCGCCGAGGAAUGGAGGACCAAGUACCAGUGGAAGGACACCGAGAACCACUUCAACACGUGAGUGAGGCGCAACUCGCCGAGCUCGACAAUUCCGUUCCCACGCCAGGCGCGACUCGGGAUCCUUGUCGUUCAAUUCUGAUCGGCUCCUCUACACUAUUCAUGCAGCUUUAAACACUACAAGGUGGAGAUUGAGAAUCUUGAUAUCCACUUUUUGCACCACCCUUCGACCCACUCCAACGCCAAGGCCCUCAUCCUCUGUCACGGUUGGCCCGGUGCGUGCAGAUUCUGCCUCAAUUCGUUUCAACUACUGACCGCUCGCAUGCACGGACUCAAUCGGUCCAUUAUCCUUCCACCACAGGCUCCUUCGCCGAGUUCCUGCACAUGAUCCCGUUGUUGGCCGACCCUGUCACGUCGACGCAGCAAGCCUACCACGUCGUCGUCCCCUCGAUGCCCGGCUUCACUUUUUCGGACCCACCCCCGACGUCGAAGUGGUGCAUGGACGACACCGCGCGAGUCUACGACAAGCUCAUGACCGGCUUAGGGUAUCACGAAUACGGUGCGCAAGGUGGUGAUUGGGGAUCUAUCACGGCGCGUUGUCUCGGGGCGUUGCACGAUGAUCACUGCAAAGGUGAGCGAUCCACUUUCCCGGGCUGGCACGGCUCCAGCGCCGAAAGCGAUCAACUGACCGGCAAUGCUUUCCGCUUUUUACAGCCGUUCAUCUCAACUUCCUCCCCGCCAGCCCCGAUGGUAUCCUCGGCAUGAUCCCUCCUCGUCUCUUACUUUCCUACCUCCCAAGCUUCAUCAUGCCCGAUCUCCGACGCCAACGCCUCCUCCGCGCCCUUGAUUACGUCGAAAAGGGAUCAGCCUACUACGCGAUCCAAAACCUGACACCAAGAACCGCGACCUUCGGUCUCAACGAUUCGCCCAUCGGACUCCUUUCCUGGAUCGCCGAAAAGAUGAUACCCUUCAUCGACGCUGCGAUGGCCACGCAGUCAACGUCAACCUUGACGCGAUGGACCUUGUACGAGACCUGCACGCUGUAUUGGUUGACCCAUUCGAUCGGGACCAGUUUCUCACCUUAUUCUCAGAACCGGAACUUUAAAGAUUUCUUGACGGACCCCAAGUAUCGGUUGGAGAAUAUGGCUUUGUCGACGUUCCCGAAUGAGAUCGUGAUCAGUCCCGUCGAGUGGGUCAAGAAGACGGGCGAUCUCAAGUGGAACAAAGGUCGGUGCUCUGCUGUUCUUGGGCGCCUUGAUGAAGAGUGUCACUGAAAGAUACGUAUCCUUACAGAACAUACCGAUGGUGGGCAUUUUGCGGCGGUUGAGUUGCCCCAGAUCUUGACCGAUCAUGUUCGGGAGGCCUUUGAAAAGAUUUGGGUGUAG